GACUGACAGGUACUUCGAGUUAUGCACAAUGUUCGAGACACCGGCAUUCGACUCAUCGAGAUUUGACUGUAUUUACUUUAACCUUGAUUAACAUUUAUGUGUUUUGACCACGUUGACCCCUCCUCUGCUUGUGUAAACAUAAUCACUUCCAAAACUGAGGAACCUGAACUUAGGCAAGCAUGAACUUAGGCAAUCCAGUGAUCAACAUCAUGAGCAUCAAUCAACGCGAAUUGGGAUACAAUGACAUGUCAGCGAAACUAACCACCUAAUCCCGUUGUAAGCCUCUUAGUCAAGCAUGGUUUGCUGAAGACCAGUUCUAACCCAGUUCCUCACUGACAGAGCACGGUGAAGUGAGGAGGUGAACUUGUGAUGGCCAGUAGAGAUGAAGACAGUGGACACCAUCUGGUCAUGGCCACUUCCAGUGAGUCAUCUGAAGGUCACAUGGCCGCUUCCAGAGAGCAGUCUGAAAGUCACAUGGACAGGUUAGCUUUGAGAGGUGACUUGCCAGUUCCUGAUAUUGACGUAUCCAGGUCAGACGAGGAACAUGAAGGUCUCUUGGUACCCGCAGGUUCAGCUGAGCACGAGGAGGUCCUUGAGCUGGCGAGCCAAGCAGUCACACUAAGUACAGGUGAACAGCGUUCAGGGAAUGCCCAAGCUGCCAACAUGAUCAACAUCGUCACUGGAGGGGCAGGACAAGGAACACUGGGGAGAGAUACCCUUGAUUUACGCACAGAUGAAGCAAGGAAGAUUUUUGCUCCAACUGAAGCCUACAGAAAAGUGAAACAGAAAUUGGAGGAAUUUGGUCAUGUGACUAUCUGUGGCGCUUCAGGAGAAGGCAAGACAACAAUGGCUCUGAUGCUGGGUUCACAGUAUAGACAAAAGGGGUACGAAGUCGUGUUUGUGGACAGCCUUAAGAAGUUUGACUUUGACCACUGUCUUAAUACUUACUCAAGAGUAUUUCUGAUAGUAGAUGAUUUGUUUGGUACAGUUGGAGUUUCUGCUAAUACUUCACAUGUUAAAAACUUUCUGAACAAUCUUCUCCCCCAUUUAGAACAAAAGCAGAGAGCAAAACAGAAAAGGUCAGAAUUGAGUGAAAACAGUGAUGCUGGUGAAAAAUCCAGAAACAAAGUGCAAAGUUUAACAGAAUCUCAAACAAAGGACAUUCAUGUUAUCUUCACAUCAAAAUCUUACAAUUUCCAUGAUGGACUUGCAAAACUGCAGUAUGAGGGUUUCAAAUUGUUCAAGGGUCAGACAGUAGUGGACUUAACAAAACAAGAAAAAUACAGGCUUUCUGACAAAGAGAAAAAAUCAAUAUUUGAACGACAUAAACAUGCUUUUGGUGACUACUCAGUGCAACAUAUACCAGAUUACAAUGAGCUGGAAAUCUCUACUAACAUCUUUGGAUUUCCUCUCAUUUGUAAACUUUGUUUUGACUUUUCCUCUUACUUUAAAAAUGCAAAAUCGUUUUUCAAGGAACCACUCUUUUAUCUUAGGUUAGAACUGAAGCAGUUACUUGAAGAUAGAAAUGAUAGAUCUGCCAUAUUGGUUCUGAUGCUGCUGUGUGAAGACAAAUUGAACCUGACCAGGUUAGACAGCGGAGAUGAAGACAAGGAAAUGGACAGGAUGGUCAAAACUGUUCAAGACCUGAUGCCAAAUGCUACACGUUCAGGCAUGUACAAAGCUGCUAAAAGUUUUAGAGGUACAUUCUUCACAAGAGGAGACACUGUUGGCUUUGCCCAUUCUUCUAUUUAUGAUGCUUGUGCCUGUGCCUUGUUCAAUAUCAGUCCAGACUUUGUUUUGAAUAACUGUAGUGAUGACUUUCUGUUUGAAAGAGUACAAGGUGAAAAGGUUGAAGAAACUAUAGCUGAUGACCAUCUCCAUCUGAUAUAUGUCUCAGAUAAUUAUGAUGACCUACUAACCACAAGGUUUGCACAUUCUAUUAAACAAGGAAAGUUUUCUCAAUCAGUCACACAUCCAGUUCUCAAACAAGACACAACAGCUUUCAAACUGCUGAACAAACUUCAGUGUGAUGGGACAAAGCACCACCAUCCGCAUAAUCAAACUGAUUCUAAAGAUGAAGUUUGGUUUCACAGGAGAGAGAAAGGAAAAUGUUUUCUGUACUGGGCAGUUCUUGGACAUAAUGCACAUCUAGUUACAGAUAUAGAACACACAACUGGAGAAGAGUUCUCUCAAGAGGAGAUCAGUCAAGCUAUGGAAGGGUGUUCACAAAGCAACAAUAUGACAGUAUUGAAAUGGCUCUUCACUCGUUGUGAAAAACAUGAUCAUCAACAGACACUAAACAGACUUUUGUUGCAGGCUGCUGAAAAUGGCAGCUCCGAUAUUCUAGUGUAUCUGCUCCAGGAAGGUGCUGAUGUUAACACUAGAGACAAGAAGUUACAAAACAUCUUCCAUCUGGUUUGUAGGACAGGAAUGGAAAAGUCCCUGAAAAUCCUGUUAGAUAGGAAACCUGGAGAUAAUGUUAUAAACUCUACUGAUGUGAAUGGCCAAACCCCUGUCAUGGUUGCAGCACAAGCAGCAUCACAAAAAUGUUUUGAGUUACUACGGAAAAUAUCAAACUUGAAUGUGAAAGAUAAAUAUUGCAAUGGAAUUAUUCAUCUUGCCUGUCGUGGUGGGAACACCGCUAUAGUACAACACCUCCUGUCUCCUUCUAACAUCAACAGUAGAGGUCAGUAUGGCUGGACACCAGCAAUGGUGGCAGCUGUCAGUGGACAUCAAAGUGUGUUUGACCUCCUUGUGUCCAACCAAGCUGACCUGACACUGGUGUCUACAUCUGGUGAUAGUUUACUUCAUCUUGCCUGUCAGGGUGGGAACACUGCUAUAGUUCAACACCUCCUGUCUCCCUCUAACAUCAACAGUAGAGGGAUCCAUGGAUGGACUCCGGCAAUGGUGGCUGCUGUCAGUGGACAUCAAAGUGUGUUUGACCUCCUUGUGUCCAACCAAGCUGACCUGACACUGGUGGCUACAUCUGGUGAUAGUUUACUUCAUCUUGCCUGUCUUGGUGGGAACAUUGCUAUACACAAAGCUGACCUGACACUUCUGACAGACAGUUAUGAGGAUAUCAGAGGAGUAGCUGAGAUGGGAGGGCAUCCUUCAUUGACCACUUAUCUACAAACUGUUCACCAGCCUCACUAA